UUGACGUUCGAAUUCCAAAAUCGAAUAUCGAGGCUUCUCCAUAGUUGCCGUCAUCACUGCGGUAUAAAACAGAAAUCCGCAACGUACGAUCCUCCAUUUUCAACGCAGUCAGCGCGAUGUCUCAUAGAAAAUUCAGCGCGCCCCGACACGGGUCUAUGGGGUUCUACCCCAAGAAGAGGUCUCAACGGCAUCGUGGAAAAGUAAAGGCCUUCCCCAAGGAUGACCCUACCAAGCCCGUUCACCUUACUGCUUUUAUAGGCUAUAAGGCUGGCAUGACUCAUGUUGUCCGAGAAGCUGAUCGUCCGGGAUCAAAGGUCAACAAGAAGGAAAUUGUCGAGGCUGUGACUAUUUUGGAAACUCCACCAAUGAUUGUUGUUGGUGUUGUUGGAUACAUCGAAACUCCUCAUGGUCUUAGGGCUCUGACUACUGUUUGGGCGGAGCAUCUCUCCGAAGAAUGCCGUCGCCGCUUCUACAAGAAUUGGUAUAAGAGCAAGAAGAAGGCGUUCACCAAGGCAUCAAAGAAGUGGCAGGACGAUCUUGGUCGCAAAUCAAUCGAGAAGGAUCUUAAGAAGAUUGUGAAGUACUGCAAGGUUGUGCGCAUCAUCGCCCACACUCAGAUGAAGCUGCUGAAGCAACGUCAAAAGAAGGCUCACAUCAUGGAAAUUCAACUGAACGGUGGUACCAUCGAUCAAAAAGUUCAAUGGGCUCGGGAGCAUCUCGAGAAACCAGUUCCUGUCAACAAUGUCUUUGCCACUGAUGAGGUGAUCGAUGUUAUUGGUGUUACGAAGGGCAAAGGAUACAAGGGUGUUACGUCUCGUUGGCACACGAAAAAGCUUCCUCGUAAGACGCACAAGGGUUUGAGGAAAGUAGCUUGUAUCGGUGCCUGGCAUCCGAGUCGUGUUUCCUUCACAGUUGCCCGUGCUGGUCAGAAGGGAUAUCAUCAUCGUACUGAAAUGAACAAGAAAAUCUACCGUAUCGGACAGGGCAUCCACACUAAGGAUGGAAAGGUUGUGAAAAACAAUGCUUCCACUGAAUACGAUCUGACUGAGAAAACAAUUACUCCAAUGGGAGGUUUCCCCCACUACGGUGAAGUCAACAAUGACUACGUCAUGUUGAAGGGAUGCUGCAUGGGUCCAAAGAAGCGCAUCAUUACUCUGCGCAAGUCACUCCUCGUUCACACCAAACGUGCUGCACUCGAGAAGAUCAACCUGAAAUUCAUCGACACAAGCUCCAAGUUUGGUCACGGACGAUUCCAGACUGUAGCAGACAAAACUUCGUUCAUGGGUCAGCUCAAGAAGGAUCGUAUCCGCGAGGAAGCUGCUCAAUCUGCUGCCGCUGCUCCGGCAGCGCCAGCAACGCAGUAAUUCAACUUGUAUUAUUGUUGCUGAAAAGAUCAAUAAAAACGUCAAAAAAUA